AUGUAUCCAAAAGUCUCCUGGCCCACGAGGGCUAGGUUGCUAUUUUAUCCAGGACUCAGGCUUUCAGCAUAUGCAUCGACCUCGUCCACUACGCAACAUGCCCUUAUACAACCACAAUCGGCCCCAAAGGAGCCUCCUCUGGCGGUUCUCCCCACCAAGACCCUGCUUUACUCGGUUCUAUUCACAUCAAUCAUGUCGUCGCCGCUCUUGAAGCCCUGCCUAGGAUUGCUCAAGUAUGUGAUCGAAUCCGAGUCCUCGUGGCUUCAUCCAUCGAAAAACCCUACCAUGAAAUACCUUCUGCGAACAACAAUCUAUAAUCACUUUUGUGCCGGUGAAAAUGAGAGAGAGGUUCGUCAGUCAGUAAAGUACAUGAAGGGUCUGGGAUUCAAGGGCGUUAUUCUGGGGUACGCUAGAGAAUCUAUCGCAAAAGUCGAGGAUAUUGACCCUUACGUGGCAUGUGAAACCACGAAGCACGAGGUGCUCGAUCGCGCGGUUGAUGAGUGGAAGGAAGGGAAUCUGCGCACACUAAGAAUGAUUGAAAAGGGUGACUAUCUUGGGAUCAAGUUCACUGGAGCAGGUCCUGCGGCUGUUGAAGCACUCACGCGAGGUGACACAACUCCACCCCCACGGAUUCAGCAAGCCAUAAAAGAGAUCUGUGCGGAGACGGCAGCCCAAGGUUCCCGACUCUGGAUUGAUGCAGAGCAGCAGAUAUUCCAACCAGCCAUCGAUAGUUGGACAAUUGAUCUCAUGAGAGAGUUCAAUCGCCACGGCACCGUGGUGGUCUUCAACACCAUACAAGCGUACCUUAAGACCUCAAGUGAGAAUGUGAGUCGACACCUUCGACUUGCUCAGAAAGAGGGAUGGACACUAGGAAUCAAGCUCGUCCGAGGCGCAUACAUUGCACAUGACUACAGAACACGAAUUCACGAUAGCAAGAGUGAUACUGACAACAAUUACAACCAUAUCGCGCAAAGCCUGCUCACUCGCCAAUUUCCGGUAGGGGAAUCACCGCCGUUGCGCGUUUGGCCCGACGUUAGAUUAUUCGUCGCAUCUCAUAAUGCAGAAAGUGUACGGAAGGCGUAUUCUAUAUCGAGAUAUCGUGUCCAAAAUGGCCUCCCCACGAUCCCGGUUGAGCUGGGCCAACUGCAAGGGAUGGCGGACGAGGUGAGCUGUGAACUGCUGGCGCACAACUCAGCAGAAGAUGUGGCCACUGAGCAGGGCCAAGGAAAAUAUGAUGCAGUGCCGGGGGUGUUCAAGUGUCUGGCCUGGGGGUCGGUGGAAGAGUGCCUUCAUUUCCUCCUGCGCAGAGCGGUUGAAAACCAGUCAGCUAUGGAACGCACGAGGCAUACAGCAGUUGCGCUGAGAAAGGAAGCAUGGAGACGUUUUCGAUGGUGA